UUUUUCUCAAAAAAUUUUUGUACCAACGUUUAAUACGUCGAUGAAAAGCAUUAAUUUAUUUUUGAGAAUAACUCAUUUGGCAGCUUGCAAGUUGGUGACGUCCCAUCAACAACACUGUUUGUGACUUCCAUGCUGAUUAAAAUCUUGUCGGUAAAAUUAAUAAUGGGAAAUAUUCACUCACGCAAGUUACCAACCUCCCAAAAGCCCCCCAAGCUGCCGGCAACAAUUUUCUCAAGGAAACCGGUAGAAAGCUUGAAAUUUCUCCUUCUUCUCUUGUUAAAUAACAAGCAUAGAACCCAGAAAUCCUUUCCCCCCAUCUGCAGAAUUCCAGAUCUGCUCUGCUCUGUCCUCACCGUCCGGCUGCUCCUGCUUUGUGGGGGCGAAUUGCUCUGGUUUUUGAUUUUCGUGAGUUUCCCUGCAGAUCCCACCGGCCUCUUCCCCAAACUGCAGCUUCGGUUUCCUUGCUUGCAAAUUCUGGAAGCGAAAUCAAGGACGGGGAAACCACGGGAAGUGACAAGUUAGAAGGCUAACCAUUUCGACAUUGAUAUAGAUUUUAGAAAUAAAUCAUGCUUUUGUAAGAUAGGUUUUACCUUGAAUUUAUGAGAUCAAAACAGAUUUCGGUCAUUAGAUCAAUUACUUGGAUUUAAGUCAUUUUGGAUAUAGAAAUAAAUUGAGAUAUUUGAU